UGCAGCUGCACACCGGGAGGUUUCACAGCUUAAAACAAACAUACCGCUCUCUUGGAAGCAGCGUUCCAGGUGAUGAACUUACAGAGCUGAGGCCAUUCAAACAUGAGGCCCAACGUGACUCGUCUGGUGCUGUUAGCGGUGUGUUUCCUCGGUGUGCGCGCGCUCUCACACGUGGAGGAGAUGAAGAGCCAGGAGCGGCUCUUCCUCAGCUCCCUGGGGCUCUCCGGCCGGCCUCGGCCCGCGGGGAGCCACCAGUCCCGGCGCUACGUCCCCUCAGCGCUCUGGAAGAUGUUCCGGAGGUCAGAGAACACGCAGGCCCGGGAGAGCGACCCCUGCACGGUGUCAGAGUACGGAGUCCGCGGGAACAUCAUCCGGUACGUUCAAGACCAAGGCAGGCUGGUGUCUGGCUGGAGCAGCAGCUGUCAGGCCUGUCUGGAGAAGCAGCUUUUCUUCAACAUGUCCGUCCUGCAGCCUGUGGAGCUGCUGUCUCUGGCUCAGCUGGAAAUCAAGUUCCACUGGAAGCCCUUCAGAUCUGCAGAGCUCCUGCAGGGGCCUCGAACCCUCAGCGUGUCUCUGUAUAAAGUGAUUCGAGCCACGCUGAGGGGAGCCAAUCCCCAGGCCAACCGCAGACUCCUGCUGUCCCAGUCCAUCCAGCUGCAGCCUGAGUCCUCCUCCAUCACAAUGGACCUCACCUCGCUGGCAGAGAGCUGGCGCAAACCGGGACGCAACUACGGUUUGGUUUUGGAGCUCCUGCCUCUCAGCGUAGAUGCAAACGAGCUUCUUCCUUUUCACCCCGGGAAUUCCCUCCCUCUGGAACCGGCCUUCACCCUGCCGCUGAUCCAGGCCUCGCUGGUGGCCGUGUCCCUCAACCCCCACCAGUGUCGCUCCAGACAGAGAAGAAGCGCCAUCCACCUCCCAGUGACACUCAGCAACGUGUGCAAGGCCCGCCGCCUCUACAUUGACUUUAAGGACGUGGGCUGGCAGGACUGGAUCAUCGCUCCGCAGGGCUACAUGGCCAACUACUGCCAUGGCGAGUGCCCGUUCCCGCUCAGUGAGAGUCUGAACGGCACCAACCACGCCAUCCUGCAGACCCUGGUGCACUCCCUGGACCCGAAUGGCACGCCACAACCCUGCUGCGUCCCCAUCCGCCUCUCCCCAAUCUCCAUGCUGUACUACGACAACAAUGACAACGUGGUGCUUCGACAUUACCAGGACAUGGUGGUGGAUGAAUGCGGGUGUCGAUGAGGUCUGUGGACAUUUCUGACAAUCAAACCUCCACCAGUUCUUUUUUUAAGCUUCUUGGUCUCAACUUCUUAAUGGGACUUAAUGCUGUUUUGUUUGUUUGUUAAAGUUUCAAUGUACAAUGUUCUUUGCAGUCAAUGGAUUUUAAAGAAUUUUUAACAUUUGUAUUUGUUCUCAUAGAAAUUUAGACUUAUCUCUUAAUAAGACUGCUGAUGUUAAUAAAAAUUGCACUAAAGCCACACUGGA